AGUUUUCUGAGCCACCCAACGCCCCUCUAAGGUUUCUAAUAUAAAAGUUAACGUAAACUUUUGUCGUCUCAUGGUUCUUGUUGUGCGUGCAAUUUUGUCUCAAAGCCGAUGGGAGUGCACCCUCUUCCACUGACAGCAAGUAGAUGUAAUAAAUAUUUCAUCUGCUCUGCUGGACUAAAUCUACACAAUCUGUGUGACAGAAGUCAGCACAACACACGGAGAAGAAGGAUAUCAUUCCAGAAUUCCCCAACCUGUCAGACUACUUCCUGGACACGCCUCCUUUUCUAGCAAAGGAACAUCUCUGUACAGAAAGAGGAAGUGCUUUAAUCUUAUUCUCUGAUUCUGUGUGUGUCUGCUGUUGGUGUGUAGGGAGCUGACCUUUCACCUCUGUGCGGCAGUCAGACUGAACUGGAGCGCUCCAAAGAUGGCUAGACCAAGCUCAAAUUUAACAGAGUUUCGUGAGGAUUUUGCUAAAGCCAAGCACAUUGCUAUCAUUACGGGGGCUGGAGUGAGUGCAGAGAGUGGAGUACCAACCUUUAGAGGACAGGGGGGCUACUGGAGGAAAUGGCAGGCACAGGAUUUGGCAACCCCUGAAGCUUUCUCUCGAGAUCCUUCUUUAGUUUGGGAAUUUUACCAUUACAGGCGUGAGGUUAUGCGCAGUAAGAUGCCAAACCCAGCCCACCUGGCUAUAGCGGAGUGUGAGUCCCGUCUCAGCAAGCAGGGGCGCUCUGUUGUGAUCAUCACUCAGAACAUCGAUGAACUGCACCAUCGUGCUGGUUCUGAACAUGUCUAUGAAAUUCACGGAAGUCUGUUUAAAUCCCGCUGCAUGAGCUGUGGAGAAGUCAAAGCCAACCACAAGAGUCCAAUCUGUCCUGCUCUGGAGGGGAAAGGAGAGCCUGACCCCGGUGCCAAGGAUGCCAGAAUACCAGUGGAGCACCUGCCCAGGUGUGACAGAAGUGGCUGUAAUGGAUUGCUGAGGCCUCAUGUGGUUUGGUUCGGAGAGACUCUGGAUUCAGAUAUUCUCACCGCUGUGGAGCAGGAGCUGGAAAAAUGUGAUCUCUGCUUAGUGGUGGGCACCUCCUCCAUAGUUUACCCAGCAGCCAUGUUUGCUCCUCAGGUGGCAGGUAGAGGAGUGCCUGUAGCUGAAUUCAACAUGGAGUGCACACCUGCUACUAUGCGCUUUAAAUAUCACUUUGAGGGUCCUUGUGGUGUCACACUGCCUCCUGCCCUGGAACGCCACGAGAGCGAGGUCAUUUAAGGAGAGAGAAGGCAUGACCCAUUCGUUCAUGCCUACUGCAUAGAGCACUUUAACUGAGAGCACAUGGGAUUGGUUCAUGCCUUCAUGUGAUUGGUUUUCUUAUAGUUUGCGUACUAUUAAGAUUUACUGCAAAGGCUGAAAUAAAAUUUUAAAUAGUG